AGCAGCAAGGCCCACUACCUCUCUUGUCACCCUCCACCGUCUUCUUCACCCACUCCUCUCCCCUGUCACUGCCACACUCACUGUACCCAAGCUUCAAGCUCGUCGGAAAUCAAAGAGGACAAGCGAAAGCAAGCGGUGCAGCUAAGAGCUCGAGCAGGUAGCUAGAUCCAUCCAUGGGGAACGCCCUGUGGUGCUGCUGCAAGGGAGAGGUAGACGACGACGACGACGACCCACAUGUCUACAGAGGAGGUAGCAGCGCAUAUCAGUAUGCCUACUACUACCCGUCCUCCCCGGCCUCCACCUCCUGCAGGCCGCACCACUACGUGCCACUGCCAGCCGCGGUUUCUUCCCCAACUCCGGCGAGCAGCGUCCUCAGGUUACAGUCCUCUCCGCCCCCGCCCCCCAGGCCCCAAAGGCCGCUCCUGCAUGUCGCGCCCCAGGGCGUCUCUGUCGCCUCCUCAGCUUCGACCACCCGGAGCAGUCUGAUUCUCCGGCCCCAGACACCUCCGGCGGCGGCGCCUCCGCCCUCCAGGCCCCAACGCCAGCUGCAGGCUCCUCCUCUGGUUCCCCGCGGCGCCGCCUCCUCCUCAGCUUCAACGAGCGGCAGCAGACUCGUCCCGUCCCAGCCUGCUCCGGUUCCAGCUCCAAGGCCCACACAGCGGCUGCAUCCUCCUCCUCCUCCUACUACUACUACUGUAUCCCAUGGCGACACCGUCGCCUUUUCAACCUCGAGCUGCGUGGUCCUCCGUCACCAAAAGCACAAACGGCUACAGCCUCCCCCGGUUACAGACGCCGUCACCACCCCGGUUCCGACCACCACGGGCCUCCUCCGGUUCGAGCACGACCUCCUCAACUUCGUGCUCAAUAAAAUGGUUCCUGAAGGGCUCGGAAGGCAUGUUACAUCAUCCAAGAAAGCACAAGCUAAAUGGUAUAGGAAGAUCUCGGAGGCUUAUGUAAGAAUAGAACCCCCUCCGAAGACAUCGGCAGAGGCUGCCAUGCUAGUUGCUACAGCUCUGGGCAAGAUCCACAGAGCUAAUCUGGAGGGUGUUCUUUCCUUCUACGGUUUCAUGAUUCCGACACCCUCUGUAGUCACAGAGAACCAUCCGGCAUCACUACCGCAUGGUGUGCAGUUCGUGCUGAACACUUUGCCGGUACAUGCAAAGUGCAUUGGAGAUGGUGAUGGCUUUACUGCUUAUGUAGACACAGCAGAUCCAGGUGAAUCAACAAAUGUGCCACAAGAAGUGCGUGAAGCUGUCAUUGCAAUGGCGCGAACACCCAAGCUCAGGAAAAGCCAAAAGAAAAAUGUGCUUCAAACUAAACUCAACAAAGCCGGAUAUAGGAUAAUAUAUACUUCAAAAGAUGAGAUCCUUGCAAAGCAAUACCGUUUCAGAUUGAGGGGCAUUGAUGCUCCAGAGAAGGAAAUGCAGUAUGGGAAGGAAUCCCAGGAUGCGCUGGUGAAGCUUAUUGCUGGCAAAAGUGUCAUGGUUCACGUAUAUGGGCAGGACCAGUAUAAUCGCUAUGUUGGUGAUAUCUAUUGUGGUGGUGUGUUCAUCCAGGAACAUAUGCUGAAGGAGGGCCAUGCAUGGUAUUGCAAGAUUUACGACAGACGCCCAGAAUUUGCAGAGUGGGAGAUGAAAGCACGGCAUGCACGCCAAGGGCUUUGGGCAUCUGAUAACCCUGAAAAGCCAUGGGAUUGGAAAAGGAAGCACAAUGUGAGACAUGAGAAGAGAUCUGAUAACUCUGAUAAGACAAUGGAAUGGAGAAGGAAGACUGCACAAUGCGAGAUACAAGAGCACCCUAUUUCAGUUAUCCUUAUGGACCUGAAUCUCAAGUGGCGAGUUCUUGAAUGAUACAGAAGUCAAACAGUCUGGUAAAGAUGGAAAUUUAGCGAAAUGCAGCAAGAGCCAAAAUUUCCAUUCUCUUAUUCGGGCUUAACCUUAUCCUUAAGUAAACUAUGUACAGUUUAUGUGUAAAUGAAUUGUGGAGAGCACUGCAUGUAUACUAUUGCAAUAAGAAGUAACUUGUACCA